UGCCGAGCGCGUCGGCAGGUGCUGGCAGAGGCCGGCCCGGGGCUUCUGCAGCCUCCCGGCGCUUGCUCCAGGAGCGGGAGCCCCGGGGCGCGGUGCCGGCUGCCCCCCGCGUGUCGGGCGGAUGGAGGGGGCGCCGCUGGGGGCGGGGGCUCGCUCACGUCCCUCCCCCUGUGGCUGCGCCCUGCCGGGGGGGCCAUGUGGCCUGGCACGUGGAGGAAGCUACUUGCGGCGCUGAACCCCGUGUCCGGCGCUGCGCUCAGGGCCGUCAAGCGGCUCCACUGCCCUGCGGGGAAGAGAGACACCAUCUUCGCCUUGUCUUCGGGCCGUGGGAAAUGCGGCGUGGCUGUGGUCCGGACCAGCGGCCCCGCCAGCGGGGCAGCCCUGCGGAGUCUAACUGGACAGCAGGAGCUACCCCGGCCUAGAGCCGUCGCCUUGCGGAGGAUCCUUGACCCCAGCUCCGCGGAGACUCUGGACAGGGGCCUGGUCAUCUGGUUCCCAGGGCCCCACAGUUUCACCGGGGAGGACUGCUCCGAGCUGCACGUCCACGGGGGGCCGGCAGUGGUGGGCGGCGUGCUCCAGGCCUUGGGGCGCCUGCCCGGCCUGCGCCCAGCUGACCCCGGCGAGUUCACCAAGCGAGCUUUCCAGAACGGCAAGCUGGGCCUGACCGAGGUGGAGGGCCUGGGGGACCUGAUCCACGCCGAGACGGAGGCCCAGAGGAGGCAGGCGCUGCGGCAGAUGGAGGGGGAGCUGGGGCAGCUGUACCAACGCUGGAGCGAGGAGCUCACCAAGGCUCUGGCCCAUGUAGAAGCCUUUAUCGACUUCAGCGAAGAUGACAAUCUAGAGGAGGGGGUGCUGGCUCAAGUGGAUGCUGCCGUGCAGACGCUGCAGGAGGAGGUGAGCGGACACCUGCAGGACGGGCGGCGCGGGGAGCGGCUGCGCGGAGGAGUUCACGUGGUGAUCGCCGGCCCCACCAACGCUGGCAAGAGCAGCCUGCUUAACCUCCUGUGCCAGAGGCCUGCGGCCAUCGUGUCCCCCGUUGCGGGAACGACGCGGGACGUGGUGGAGUCGGCACUGAACAUUGGUGGUUACCCCGUGGUGCUGAGUGACACGGCCGGGCUGCGGGAGACCCAGGACAUCGUUGAGCGGGAGGGUGUGAACCGAGCUCGGGAGAGGCUGCAGCGAGCGGACGUGGUGCUGGCCGUGCUGGCCGCCGUGGACGUUGAUCCGGAGCCCGGGCGCUUUGCUGAUGCCCUGCGAGCCGUCCUGCCACCCGGACCACCGGCCCAGCGGGCACCCUGCAUCCUGGUUCUGAACAAGGCUGACCUGCUGGAGGAGGGGCGUGGGGGGGCCCUGCUGGGAGCCUGUGGGGAGGGGGCGCUGCCCCCCGCCUGCCUGCUCUCCUGCAAGACCGGAGAGGGCGUGGACAGCCUCCUGAGCCUGCUGGGGACACAGCUGGAGCAGAUGUGUGGCGACCCUCUGGCCGGCUCCCCGAGCCUCACGCAGGCACGGCACCGCCUCCACCUCACCAGCUGCCUUGGCUCGCUGGGCCGGUACCACGGCUACAAGUCCCUGGAUCUGGUGCUGGCAGCCGAGGAGCUGCGGCUGGCCCGCAGGCACCUGGGGAAGAUCACGGGCCAAGUCAGCGCCGAGGAGAUCCUGGAUAUCGUCUUCAGGGACUUCUGUGUUGGGAAGUGAGGGGCCGGGGCGCCCGCGCGGCGUUGUGCGAAGAGCGAGGGGAUAUUUCAACUGAGAGACGCCGGGCGCGGGAGGAGCUGGGUCUGCGAUCCGCUUCGGCAGCGAUGAGGUUGCCAGUCUGAGCUUAGCUCCCACAGCAAUUGUCCUCGGGGCUGGAGAAGCUGAUGAUUGGGACUGAGGGGCAAUGGCAGAGGUCUCAGGGGGGAGCCCAGGAGGCUGGGGGUCAGGACUGAGGGGCAGCGGCACAGCUGGGUGUGCUGGGGGCACAGAAGGCAGAGGACAGCCCCCUCCCGCACCUGCACCUGAUUCUCGGGGCUGUCUGCCCCCCAGGUUGUGUUUAUUAAACCCCCUGGUCCCCUUC